AUGAGUUCUGAAUUAAAUGUUCCGGUGGAUCCGUCCACUCCUGCUUGCUGCUCUGAGCCUGGCACAAAGGGCAUGGAUUAUCGGGACUGGGUCCGGCGCAGCUACCUGGAAUUGGUCACAUCCAACCACCACUCUGUUCAAGCUCUUUCCUGGAGAAAACUGUACCUGAGCCGAGCCAAGCUGAAAGCCUCCAGCAGAACCUCUGCUCUGCUCUCUGGAUUUGCAAUGGUCGCCAUGGUGGAGGUGCAGCUGGAGGUGCAGUACAAGUACCCCCAGAUGCUGCUGAUCGCCUUCAGCGCCUGCACGACGGUGCUCGUGGCUGUUCACCUCUUUGCCCUCCUCAUCAGCACCUGCAUCCUGCCCAAUGUGGAGGCUGUGAGCAACAUCCACAACCUGAACUCCAUCAGCGAGUCCCCGCAUGAGCGCAUGCACCCCUACAUCGAGCUGGCCUGGGGCUUCUCCACCGUCCUGGGAAUCCUCCUUUUCCUUGCGGAGGUCGUGCUCCUGUGCUGGAUAAAAUUCCUGCCGGUGGGCUCCAUCCUGAAAAACGAGACCACCAACGUGGAGAAGCCCAGCAGCCACGCAGGGUGGCAGUCAGCACUGGUGUCCACCAUCAUCAUGGUCCCCGUGGGUCUGAUUUUUGUCGUCUUCACCAUUCACUUCUACCGCUCCUUGGUGCGGCACAAAACGGAGCGGCACAACCGGGAGAUCGAGGAGCUCCACAAACUGAAAGUGCAGCUAGAUGGGCAUGACAGAGGCAUGCAGGUGGUGUGACAAAGCCUGCACGCUGCUCAGCCAGGGCUGAGAGCAAAACACCUGGUCUGCUGCUUGGUGAGACACACCAGGGAGGGAUUGUCUUGAGGCUUAAAUCUGUAAAUGCUACUUGCCUGCCAUUUCUAGCUGUGGGUUCUUGUGCUGUUCCACGUGCUGGGGGCUCUGCCCUGAUUCUGGUCCCACACACUUGGUACUUUAGUUGACACUGCCGUGGUGUUCAAGGUCAAAACUUUUAUCUACCUUAACAUUGGUAGCCAAAAAUCUGUAUCUUUUACAAAUGCAAUAUUCUGUUGCCAAAAGUGAAACUGCAUUGGCUGUCCCAAAAGCCAUUGUGUGUCUGCGUGUGUGUGUAGGACCUGUCUUACAUGUCAGAACUCCCUGGCUGUCAGUGCAGCCACAAUUAACUGGCAGCUCAUUCCUAGAGCAGAGCUGGUUAAUGUGGGUACCUGCAGCUGACUCAAGGACAUCCAGGAAAGCACAACAGAAACUGAGAAUGUUGAUCACUGUUGUUCCAAAGCAAGUAUUCCAUAAAUACAUAACCAGAAACAAAACAGCCUUAGCUUUUAUGUUCUUUUCUUGCUAUUCUUUACUAUAUUUUUACAGCUUGGGAAGUAGAAUUUUGAAUUGCAGGAGGCUGGGAAGUUCUCUCGUACUUUCUUCAGCAGCAUCUGUCACUUUAGAUUGAGUAAGUGCCAAGAUCAUGUGUUUUUUCCCAAUAAGAGGCAAGAGUGCCCAGGGAAGGCUUACAGGUGUUUUAGUUUUAACAAGGACAUUCUUAAAACAGAACAGUGACAGGGAGUUUAAUGAGACAAGACUCUGAAGGACUAACAAAGCAAGUUUCAAGGAGGUAAAGGAGUGACAGCAAGUAUUGUAGAAAUCUGCCACCGUGUCUUCUUCAUUUGUGCAUUGCUGCAAUGCCUUUUGCCUGGUUUGCUGGAGACAACAAGCCCAGUCCUGUGUUAUUUCAUCAUUUGGGGUUUGGUUUUUUUUCUUCUUUUAAUUGGCUGUAGCGUUUUUCUGUCAGAAAUGAAUGCUUCCCUCUCCCUCCACCAAAGCAGAUAACUCCUCUGGUGGAACCUGGAGCUGUCCUGGCGAGCCUGAUGGAGCUGGAUCUGGCAGGAAUGCUGUGUGCCAUUAAAGAGCUAUCCCUUUCCUUUGAGCUCAUUUCUUUUUUCAGCAGCUGAGACAAUGACACUUGCAUGUCUGUGUUGCUUAGCAAGGGAAGCUUGUAAAUUCCAUAGCAUCCUUGUGGGUGAAAACUUCUGUAAAAAAACCCCAAUUUUAUGAUUUUUGGUAAUUUUGUGGAAAGAAAAGAGUGUUUUGCAAUCAUCAGCUCUUUUAAGGGAAAGUCAGGCUUUCUGCCACACAGGGCUGCAAGAAGCAUAAGCACAUUUUCUUGGCCCUGAUCCUGUGCUGGUUUCCUCCUCUGCACUCCAGAACUGCAGUUUCAGAGUCUCUGAGGCCUUAUAGGUUUCUGAAAUCAUUAAGGAUGUUUAUAAUGUUCUAUUUAACCCUGGUCUCUUAUUCCACUGGGAUUUGAGGACUCUAAUGGCAGUUUAUUACAUGUCAGCUUCCCAGAAGGGAGAGCACACGCAAACCCCAGGGCAGCAGGGUGAGACUGUCCCAAUAUUCCUCUCUGGCGAGGGCCUUGGGAAACCAACUCUCAUCUCUUUUGUUUACAUGCGAAUGCGAGCGUUGCUGAACAAGUUGCUUAGCACUGUGUCUGUGGCUUUCAUCUGUUGUUCUUGCUGCAGUUGGCAUGUACCAUAUUGGCUGAUGUGCAGCAAAGAAAAUAGUCUUUGUGUGCUAAAUGACUAAUCUGUACUCAUGUGCAUAUGCAAAAAACAAGGAGUGUCCUCCAGGAAACGGGGUGGUCGUGAAAUUCAUACGAACUCCCCAGGACUCUGCCCUCUCUCCCUCCUCUUUUUACCAUAAUAAAAAUUAAAAGGUUUAUACAACAGAAUCAGAGUUGAGUUUUCUGCCAAGUGCUACACGUGUCAGCUCCUCCACCAACAGAAUUUCUGUUGUGAGGCCAGAGCCAGAGCAGAUGGGCUGAAUCUCUCAUCUGCACUUUGCACUCUCCUUUAACAUCAGUAAUAGUAGGACUUUGUGUGCUGAGGGGCUGAGGAGGCUGUUGAGGAAAGUAUUGCACCAUUUUUGCAAUAUCUCUUUAAAAGGUUUCCUCCUGUGUAUACAGUGCUGCAAAAGCAAUGCAGUUUGUUUGGGAACAGCCAAAUCGUUCAUUUAAUUUUUUCAAAUGUAAUGAACUUCAGCAAAUGAAGAAAUGCAGUGGAAGCUGUGCUUUGACUUUGUAGCAUAACUCGUUGAGGCUUUGGUGGGAUUGGAUUCAAGAUCAGUCUCAAGGCAGCACAUCUGUGACUGGAGUGGGAUCACCUUACUCCAGGGGGGAGUCUGAGGUACAGUUUAGGAUGGUGUCCCAAGGGCAAAUGCUCUUAAACCAGACUAAUAACUUGCUUUCCUGUCUUCGCUUGCAGCUCUGUUUCAUGUAUCUCUCUGGGCACUGAAUUCUCCCUUCCAUGAGAAGCCCAGGGGGGUAUUUUUGCUCUUUGAUUCUCGAGGUUACCCAUCACCUUUGUGCUGUAACUCCUUUCCCAACAACAGCACUUGCUUUUCUUGCUCCUGCCUCUCUUCAUACAACUUGUUUAUAUUUUCACCACUGUUGGGUCCAGACCUGUGGUGCAGAAGGGUUACCUGUGGUACCAGCCACGGGAGUUCAUCCAUAAAGGAAGGAGUAGGGGUGUUGUAGUUGUCUGGCUGGGUGUUUCUGUGCUGCAGCACCAGAAAAUCCUCCUUGCUCCUGCUGCUGUCCCCGUGGCUGUCAGCAGGAUUCCCAUCAGUCAAGCCAGCCUUUCCACGCUGUCACUGCUGUCCCAGCAGCUCUCUGUGUCACGUCUGGGUUUGUCUGCCUGUGCCUGGCCACGUCUGUCCUGUGCUGUCACCUCUCUGUCGUUCCUGGGCUGUCUGUCAUUCUUGGAGUGUCCCAGGUUUUGUGUGGCUGCAAUCCUGCAAUGCCUGCAAGGAGAUGCUUCUCCCAAGGGUUCCACCCUUAGCUGGGGAUGUGUGUUGGCUUUCUGUGCCAGCUUUGGGCUCUGGGCUGCUGCAGUCUGGGGUUGCUGCUGCCCUAAUUCUCACCCCUUUUGGGCUGUGGCUCUCUGGGCCAGUUAUUGCCUUGUUUGAACUAUUUCUCCAAUUUUUGCACUGGAGCUUAGCAGCAGGACAGCCAUGAUCUUGCUUCAGAGUCCUGAGUCUUCCUUCAGAUUUUUUUUUUUGGACAGUUUGCCCAGCAGAAAAAUGCCUGGAACCCUGCCUGCUCCCCCUAAAGGAGGAAAAGAGCGCUCAUGGGCAGGGGAACAACACUUCUUUGUAUCAUUCCUGAGCCUUGGUUUAGGGCAAUGCCUCUCUCCCUUUCCCUCUUAGCAGGAGUAAAGAAGGGGCACGACUGCGAGCUGGAGGAGCAGGAUCGGGUUCUCCCUUUGCCGUGUUUAGUGGCAGCUCUCACUCUGUGAUCUCCCUAUUUUUAACAUCGCCCCGGGGCAGGCCUGGCUCCCUGUUUCAGUGGAGAGGAGGCUCUCGGGGAGACUUUACAACGGUGAGAGAUGGAAUAAUGUUGGAUUUGGCCAUGUGACGGAUGAAAGCGAUACCGUGCGAGAGCCCCGGGUGCAGGGAGGGCUGCUGUAAGCGCUCAGAUAUCUGGAAGUGUUUAUGGAGAGCACUGGGGUGGGUGCAGCUGCAGAGUGAACAUCCUUCCACAUCCUUCCACAUCCUUCCGGUCCCUGGCUCUGGGAUGUGGGGAUGGGCAAUCCCAGUUUGCCUCGAGGUUACCUGUGCUGGGCUCGGGGGUGGAGGUGCUCCUCCUGCCUUUCCAGGGGAUUUCACAAUGUGCUUUCUCCUCUUUUCCUGCCUUCAAACAAACAAACCAAAGGCCUUGGAUUUUCCCUGCUGCUGUAGAUUUCUUAUCUUUUAAAUCUCAUUGCAUCAACUUCUAAGACAGCUUCCUCAACACUCCCUCAAGCUGCAAUCUCAAAUUCGGGGUGGGUAUUUUCUGAUUAACUCACAGGCUCUCUCUUCUACAGCCAUCUCAAAGCAGUUGCAGUAAUUAAAAUUGACUGGCUGGAUUUGGAGAGUAUGCCCCUGAAUCCUUGUGUGUCCAACUGGGAGCUUGCUUUCUGCCCAGAGGUGUGACAGCCAUGACUGCUAAGAGGGGGAAAAAAAAAAAAAUCUGUGUUUUAGCUUUGCCUAUUCUUGUUUUACCUCUGCAUGAACAAUAUUUAAUGUAGAACAACAAAUGUAUCUCAGUUAUUGUCCAGCUGUGUGAGAGAAACUGGAUAAACUUGCUCAGUUUUAUGCUUC